UGAUUACCUUCUUGACUUUUACUUCUUUACUUCUUCGUUUCCUUCUUCUUCGUAGCACUUAUCUUACAUUAACAAACUCAGCAUUAAAGAUGUCUCACAGAAUCACUGCCUUGGGUGCUCAAAUCAAUUUAAAACGUUCAAUCUCUACAUCCACUUCAACUCUCAAAGGUUUCCGAUCGGCCUUCAGCAAACCUCAAGUGAACAAGUUGGCUGUUUCUACAGAUAUCUUUAGACAACAUGACCUUAUGGUCAGGGCCUCUCAAACACCUGAGGGACAAGAGCUCGGUAAACGUUGGUUAGGAAGUUCAGCAGCUAGUCGGAUCGAUUCUGAUCGUGAAACGAUUGUUAGAUUACUUUAUUCGAUUGCCUCUAAACAUGAAGUGGAAAGAUACCUUCGAAUCUUCUCUACUGCUUCUACCUUUGCCGUCCUCAAAGUCGGUGGUGCGAUCUUGUCGGAUGAUCUCGAAUCUCUCUCUCUUAGUUUGAGUUUCCUCAACCGAGUUGGCUUGUACCCAGUCGUGUGUCAUGGUAUGGGUCCUCAGUUAAACAAACUUUUGGAAGACGCUGGAGUAACUCCCGAUUAUAUUGAUGGAAUUCGGAUCACAGACGCCAAGACCCUCGAAAUCGCUCGUCAAGUCUUUUUAUCUGAGAACCUUAAACUUGUAGAGGCCUUAGAGAAGCUCGGUACUCGUGCUAGACCAAUCACUAACGGAGUCUUCUUAGCAGAUUAUCUCGACCGGGAGAAGUAUGGUUUUGUGGGUAAAAUUACUAAAGUUAACAAAGAACCGAUUGAAGCAAGUAUUCGAGCUGGUGCUUUACCAAUCCUGACAAGUUUGGCUGAAACUAAAGAUGGUCAAAUCUUGAAUGUAAAUGCCGAUGUGGCAACUAGUGAACUUGCUAAAGUUCUUGAGCCAUUAAAGGUCGUCUUCUUGAAUGAAAAGGGUGGUCUAUACCAUGGUGUCACUCAGGAGAAGUUGGAUGUGAUCAAUCUAGACGAGGAAUAUAAUGAUCUGAUGAAACAAGAAUGGGUCAAAUAUGGCACCAAACUGAAAAUCCGAGAAAUCAAAGAGCUUCUCGAUCAUCUCCCUCGCUCCACUUCUGUCGCCAUCAUCGCACCUGGGGAUUUACAAAAAGAAUUAUUCACCGAUUCCGGGGCUGGUACCCUCUUACGACGAGGCUACAAACUUUACAAGCACUCUGAUAUCAACUCGAUUGGCAAAGACCGUCUGCGCAAGGUACUUCAGGAGCGAGACCCAGAUGUUCAAUCAGGCAAAUUGAGUGUAGCAGAAUUUUUCAGCGAUUUGGCAAAACAUCCUUACACUAUCUACGGGGACGAGCCAUUUGAUGUAGUUGCGAUCAUCUCUCAUCCUCCUGAUAAGGUACCUGUCUUGACUAAGCUUUUGACCAAUCGAAAUGGAGUCUUGAAUGCAGUUUUGGAUAAUGUUUGGGCUUCGAUCCGAAAAGAUUUCCGUAAAUUGAUCUGGACUACGAAUGAAAGUGAAGAUGAAAACAAAGGGUGGCAUUUUGAUAAGUCUGAUGGUAGCUUUACUAGAGCUGGAAAAAGUUUACUUUACUACGGGAUUCAAGAUAUCAAUGAGAUUGAGCAGGUGGUCAAGAGCUUGGUUGACGAUGAACGUGUCCCACGGAAUUAUUUACCAUUAACUCACAUGAAACCCACUUCGACCCAGCAUGCUAGUCCCAGUACCACCCGUCAAUUCUCAACGAUGGCGUACGGUCAGCGCCGAGGUUAUGCGACUCAAGCUCAACGCAAAAUUGGCUUGAUCGGCGCCCGUGGUUACACAGGCUCUCAACUCGUAUCGCUAUUGGACUCGCAUCCUAGUCUUUCACUCGCUCAUGUCUCGUCGAGAGAAUUGGCAGGCCAGAAGCUUGAAAACUACAACAAGUCAAACAUCACAUACGAGAACCUUAGUGCAAAAGACGUAGGAGAGAUGGAGAAGCACGGCGAAGUGGAUGCAUGGAUUAUGGCGCUUCCCAAUGGGAUCUGCAAACCUUUUGUGGAUGCGAUUGAUCAAGCUUCCCCAGAGAAGAAAAGUGUGGUAGUAGACUUAAGCGCCGAUUAUCGAUUCGAGCAGGGCUGGACAUAUGGCUUACCGGAAUUGUACAAUCGAGAAAAGAUACAAGCGUCACGAAGGAUUUCCAACCCAGGCUGUUAUGCAACAAAUGUUCAAUUGCUCUUGGCACCUCUUCUGCCUUAUAUCUCGCAUACCCCGACGGUAUUUGGUGUCUCAGGUUAUAGUGGUGCUGGAACCAAGAAAGGUAAUGCGCCAAAGGUAACUCCUGAAGAUCUUAAACAUUGUGUCAAACCAUACUCCCUCACCGGUCACAUCCACGAACGAGAAGCAGGCUUUCAACUUAGUUCCUUAAUGUCACCUGAAUCCUUAGAAGUAGCAUUUGUACCAUCAGUGGCACCAUGGUUCAGUGGUAUCAUUGCAACUGCAUCAAUCCCACUCAAGAAAACUAUCACCUCUAAUGAAGUUCAUCAAUUAUUUGAAAAAAGAUAUUCAGGUGAGAAAAUGUUAAAAUGGAGAAGGAAUGGGGUACCCGAAGUUUGGGAAAUCGAAGGAAAACACGGUUGGAUCGGAGGUGGAGUUCAAGUACAUAGUUCUGGAUCUCGUGUAGUAGUUGUGGGUGUUUUGGAUAACUUAUUGAAGGGAGCUGCAACUCAAUGCUUACAGAAUCUUAAUCUGGCCUUGGGUAUUGAUGAGUAUGAAGGAAUCCCAUUAGAUUUUUAAGUCUAGUUCAGAGUUUUAAACGUAUUUCAUUGAUGAACAGCGGUGAUUGCAGUAAGACUUUUCUUAUAUCGGGAGUCUACGGAAUUCUGUAUUGAUAUUAUAGGGCAGAAACAUGAAAUUAUUAGCCCAGAGCAGCUCUACAGAAUC